AUGUUUUUCUCUUUACUAUCCUUACUCCGUGCGGAGGAGACUAAAGAGAAGAUGGGUACCGUUAUCGGUAUCGAUCUUGGUACGACAUACUCCUGUGUCGCUAUUUUCCAGAACGGCAAAGUUGAUAUCAUCGCUAAUGAAGCUGGUUCUCGUAUUACUCCAUCAGUUGUUUCUUUCUCUGACCACGACAGACUUGUCGGUGAAGCCGCCAAGCACCAGAUGGCCAACAACCCACACAACACAAUUUUCGCUAUCAAACGUUUAAUGGGCCUUCGUUACUCCGAUAAGGAAGUUCAGAACGAGCUCAAGCGUCUCCCAUAUAAGGUUAUUGAUCAGGACAACCGUCCAUUCGUUGAAGUCCAGUACAAGGGCAAGACAGAGCAUUACUCCCCAGAAGAAAUCUCUGCCAUGAUUCUUUCCAAGAUGAAAACAAUCGCUGAAGAGUACCUCGGCCGCCCAGUCAAGAACGCCGUCGUUACAUGCCCAGCUUACUUCAACGAUGCCCAGCGUAAGGCUACAGCUGAUGCUGGUACAAUCGCUGGUCUCAACGUCGUUCGUAUCCUCAACGAACCAACAGCCGCUUCUCUUGCCUACGGUCUCAACAAGAAGGGCUCUAAGAAGAUUCUUGUCUUCGACCUUGGUGGUGGUACAUUCGAUGUUUCCUGCCUUGCUGUCGAUGAUGGUCUUUUCGAAGUUCUUGCUACAGGUGGUGAUACACACCUUGGUGGUGAAGAUUUCGAUGAUCGUACAAUCGAAUACCUCCGUAAGGCCUACGAGAAGAAGACAGGCAAGAACCCAGCCAAGAACGCUAAAGCUAUGGCUAAGCUGAAACGUGAGGCUGAGAAGGCUAAGCACACCCUCUCCACAUUACCACAAGUCAACAUCGAAAUUGAAAACUUCAUGGAUGGUGAAGACUUCACAGAGACACUUACACGUGCUCGUUUCGAAGAAAUCAACAACGAUCUUUUCAAGAAGUGCAUGGGCCCAGUCGAUCAGGUUCUUAAGGAUGCUGGUCUCUCCAAGUCCGAAAUCGAUGAUGUCGUCCUCGUCGGUGGUUCAACACGUAUUCCAAAGGUUCAGCAGCUCGUUAAGUCCUUCUUCAACGGCAAGGAACCAUCCAAGGCUGUCAACCCAGAUGAAGCUGUCGCUCACGGCGCUGCUGUCCAGGCUGCUGUUCUUUCUGAUGAUGAGAACCCAGGUGAGAUCAUCCUUCUUAACGUUAACCCACUUACCCUCGGUAUCGAAACACAGGGUGGUGUCAUGGCCGCACUUAUCCCACGUAACUCCCGUGUCCCAACAUCCAAGAGCAAGAUCUUCACAACAGCUUCUGAUAACCAGGAGCAGGUUAAGAUCCAGGUCUUCGAAGGUGAACGUCCAAUGACAAAGGAUAACCACGAACUCGGCUCAUUCGACCUUAACGGCAUCAAGCCAGCCCCACGUGGUGUCCCACAGAUCGAAGUUACAUUCGAAAUCGAUUCCAACGGUAUGCUCUUCGUUUCCGCUGAAGAUAAGGCCUCCAAGUCCCGCGAAUCCAUCACAAUCAACGCCCAGGAAGCUCGUCUUUCUGAGUCCCAGCGUGAAGAGGCUAUCCGUAAGGCUGAAGAAAUGAAGGAGGAAGAUGAGAGAGUUCGCAAGGCUGCCGAGGCUCGUAACCAGCUCGAGCAGUACUGCAUCUCCGUCCGCAACGUUGUCGAUGACGAGAAGAACACAGCUAUGGAUCAGGAUAACAAGGACAAGGUCAAGGAGAUCCUCGAGGAGACAUCCAAGUGGGUCGAUGACCAUAAGGAAGAAGACAAGGAUACAUACGACCAGAAGCUUAAGGAGGUCAAGGAACAGAUCGAACCACUUAUGCCAAAGAAGGGCGCUGCUGGUGCCGGUGCUGAGGGCGAGGCUGAUGCCGACGCUGAAACAGGCGAGGCUAACGUUGAGCACGAUGACCUCUAA